CGUCAGUCAAAGGCAGCAGCGCGCGCGCUUGGUUUCGUGGGAGCAGGUCUUAUGGGGCAUCGGUUGUUCCGUUCCGCGUUGCAUUCCUCAGUUCGGUCUUCGCUAAUCGAGUGAUAAGACGCGUUAUUCCGCGUUACACUACCAACUAUCUACGGUCCAAUACGGGGGCAGUUAUCGUUCGACGGUGACUACGACAAGAACCGGGUGCAGUCGUUUUUGAGUGUCUCGUUUGAUGCGACCACGCUACGCGUAGUGUAGUGCGGCGUGAUAUGCACUAGUGUAAGGUGCUAGCGCUGAGGGAAAGGUCAGGAUCAACUACUGUCCGGUGUGCUGCAAACUAUUUGAAGCGCGCGCGGAAAUUCACGGUCAAGCGGGACUUCGGGGAGGAGGAAUUUUGAAAAGUGGGAAGAGACCACGUUGGUAGUAAAGUUGUUUCGAAUGGUUUGAAUGAGGCAUCUUCUCUCAUCAGCAUCAGCACUUCUGCUUGUAGAAGGUGUUAUUUUAGGGUGGAUGCUAAGUGGAUGGUGGAAAAACGUGACAGUGCAGUGGAAUAGCGCGUGGAACUGAGGCGCAAACAAGUGAUGAUUGUUAUUUUCGGUUGGCCCCGCCGCGGUUUUCUGUGACAGCAGCAGCUAGCGUAUAAUUUCAGUGUUGGUCUAUGGGAACGAAAGUAGAUCGACGUCGUUGACGACGUAGAUGACGGCCACAAUCGCAGAUUCUGGCUUAGCCGUUUUUGUGUUGGUUGGUUUGGGAUCUGAGAUAUGUCCGCUGGGAAGAAUAAGAUCAAACGGUGCGAGUGAUUUCAAUAAAUUGUUGCUCUUCAACUACGUUUAGUGCCCGAAAGUUCAGCGGUUCUCAAAUAAUCAACUUUAAAACAAUUAUUUCGACAUCAUCUGCCGCCAUCUAUGCAAAGUGUUAAAAUCGUGUAACUUAAAUCCCACAUCGACUCGUCCUGACUAAACAAAUUGAGAACUGCUGCUACCUCCCUGAAAACGCGUCCGAAAGUGACGCCGAAUCCAACCAAUGAAGUCCGCAGGGAUUCGCCUCACGGCUGAAAGUGAAGGUGAUUUGGGAAAUUAAGAAGAGCCGUGUGUGGGGAGCGGUCCCAAAUGCAAAUCAAGCCACCAUUCAGUGAUAGAGACCACCGAGAAGAGAAGAUUUAUUAGUGGCGAUAGCAGAAGGAGUGCGAAUUAUAUUUCAAGAUCAACUGGUAUCGGUCGAGAAAAGGGGGAAUAUUGAGUUCGGUCUCGACGUUUUGGUAGACGUCUCAAUAGAUGUCUUCGUAGUUGUUGUUUGUGAUGGUUUGGUUGAUAUCCAAAAAAAUAAAAGUAUCCCUCGACGUUUCGAAUAUGUUAUUGAUGCGACUACAGAUGAUGGUGUUGCUGUUGCUGCCUUCGGUGGGUUUGGCCCAUUUUGUAACAAGUUCCCAAUUGGUGUGAAAUAAUUGUCUAUUUUUAUCCACCCCUGCAAAGGAACGGGCGAUCAGGGGGGAAAAUUUGUGAGUGAAUUGGAUGUGAUGUGAAGCACGGUAUGAAGAAGAGUAAGAAAAUAUUUUAAUAAUAUCAUAUCAACCAUCGUCAGACUCUACGGGUGAAAAAAAGGCGAAGGAAGCCAGGAAGCAUCAUUUAUGCAGGAAAAACGCUGUGAAAUUAUACAAGUAUUUGGACGACGAAGGCGACGACGCUGUUUUGUGACGGUUAAAUGUUGGUGAAAACGACGAAACAACCGACAGCAAACGGCGAUCAAUGAACUGCGUCAUCCGAUAAGCAACUUCCACCAAGUGCAAAAGGACACCACCUGGAAAAACUACAAACGCAUACCAAUGGCGAGUCCAUCCCUCGAUGGCAUCUCGGUAUGAGGUGCAACGUCCAGCUAAAGUUCAAAUUUUCGGAGAAAACGUUUACACCACCAUCAUCACCAUCAUCUUCAUCAUCAUCGACGGUUGGCAGAGCAUUCUGCUGGCAGUUGAGCACCAAAUGGCAAAGUGAUGCAAAAGUGUCCAUUGUGAGUUGAAAAAGUGUCGUUUUGAUCGUCAACUUUCCAUCAGCUUGGCCAAGAGUGACGUGCGUUCCCAGACGAGAAAAAUCCCUAUGAAAGUUUAUUUUUUCCAGCAGUUGUUAUUUAAGGACGAAGAGAAAUCAAGUCCAUUGUAAAGUGCAGAUUGCAAAAAGUGAGCGUCAGUUGGGCGUGCCACGUCUAAGGGAGGGAGUUUUAUGCAAAUGAAGCAAUCCAAGCGGAAUAAGUGAGUUGCGAACGAACUGUCGAAGAAAAGCUAGUGGCAAGUUAUGGAAAAGUUGCAAACAUUAAAUUAAUUAGAAGUGUCGAGGCACAGGAGGAAAAACAGAAGAAUUUACACUCGUAAGACAGCCCAACCGAAUUGAAAGUGGCUGAUCGUCCUCCGAGUUUGCCGUAUACAAGUAGUUUUGCGAAAAAAGUAUAGUCAGAAGUGGAAGCGGAGCGCGUGUAGUGAGGCUUAAUUACAUUUUCGAAGUGCCACCAGCUGAGAGCCUUCGGAGUGUUGUCGACAAUAGGCGCAGAUUAAGUUUAGGACCAGAGCUCGAGAAGCUGCCCCUUUGGGGCGCAGAAACGAUGGACGACGUGCAAAACAGUAUCAACACGCAGCUGAGAUAAAGGGUAAUCAUCUAAACGAAAGUUCAAACUGACAUCAAUGGCAUAACCCAUCUCGAGGCACAGAAGAACAUCCUGAGAGAAGUUCCAUCCGGAUGAUAUUCUGCUCCCGAGCCAACGCGCGUAACGCAAAGAUCCCCGCCGACGACGACACGACGGAUGCAACGAAACUGGAAACAUCUGGCUACCGUUCACCACCGGAAUGCGACCGGAUCCCGUUCUGAAGUGUCGAUUCCCAGCACGGCAAACAACGAAUGUCAUCAUUUCAUCGUUACCUCCACUAUCGCAACCGGUGUCAUCGCAAAGCAAACUUUUCUUCUUCUGCUGCUGCCUCCAAGGACACGUGUUUGAACUUCUUCCGGCCCGUUAGGCACCCAAGCCGAACCCACGCCAGUUCCAGUAGAAUAGAAGGAAAACCAACGGUUAUAAAGAUAGAUGGCAUAGCGAGGAGCGGGAAAAUUCCUGGGCGUAUUUUAUCGCGAGAUUUGCUCUUGAGAUUAUAAAGAAGUAAAAAGCGGAACUUUUUAUUUUCGCCGGACCGGAGAUUGCAUUCAUCGCUGAAGGAAAAGACGUUAUUGCUUUAAGAACCGAUUCAACGGCAGCUUUAAAAUAGUGUUAAGACUAGAGCGUAGCCAUUGCGUUGAGGCUAUAUAGAAAAUAGUAGACAAGACUAGUUUAAAAGAUUUUAAGGUAAUGCCAGGCUGCUGAGCUAGGUUAGGUAGGCAUAAAAAUGAACACCACAAACGUCGACUAUGACUACAGUAUCAUUAUCGAGGACAACCACUACUUCCUGCAUGGAUCGGCGGCGAACUUCUCGGACGGAUCUCACAAUGGAACGUUCCAGCGCAAUAUGUCGAUGUGCUACUAUGCGUUGGAGAUCGACGAGGAGCUCACGGUGUUUGAGUUUUGGAUCAGUGGUGUCCUGAUGAACAUAAUUUCCCUGCUAGGCAUCCUCGGCAAUAUUCUGUCGAUGGUGAUUCUCUCCAGACCGCAGAUGCGUUCCAGCAUCAACUAUCUACUGAUAGGUCUAGCCCGCUGUGAUACAAUAGUGAUCCUAACGUCAAUGUUGCUGUUUGGCAUCCCCGCCAUCUAUCCAUACACGGGCUAUCUCUUCUAUUACUAUUAUGUGAUACACCCGGUCAUAUCGCCGGUCGUAUAUCCGUUGGCGAUGACGGCUCAGACCGCAAGCGUCUACCUAACGCUUACCGUUACUUUAGAACGAUACGUAGCUGUAUGUCAUCCCCUGCGAGCCCGAGCCCUCUGCACUUACGGCCGGGCUCGGAUCUACGUGAUAGGUAUUCUCAUCUUUUCGCUCCUCUAUAAUCUGCCUCGAUUUUGGGAGGUAUCCGUAUCGGCCUUCGAUCACCCCGGCUACGAAGGAGCUUACUGCGUGAGUGCGUCAAGUCUCCGCACCCAGGACAUCUACAUCCGAGUCUACGUCCACUGGAUGUACACGGUGUUCAUCUACCUGAUCCCCUUCACAUCUAUCUCCUUCUUUAACACCAUGAUCUACGAGCAGGUACGCAAGGCGAACCGUGAACGUCAGCGACUGUCCAGGUCCGAGAAGCGAGAGAUCGGCCUUGCCACCAUGCUCAUCUGCGUAGUGGUUGUGUUCCUGCUGUGCAAUCUGCUCGCCAUGGUCAACAACAUCAUGGAAGCGGCCUAUUCGAAAAUCAACGAUUAUCUAGUCAAAACUUCCAACCUGCUCGUCACCAUCAACUCGUCCGUCAACUUCAUCAUCUACGUCAUCUUCGGCGAGAAGUUUAAACGGAUUUUUCUUUUGUUAUUUUGUAAAUCGCGCCUCGGCCGGGAGUCGCCGGAUGGAUUUCUCCAUGAGGAUAGUUCAUUCUCAAACGGCGAAGGAAGCAAUAGAAACAGCGGUCGUUUCCAGCGAGUGGGUACAACCCGAAGCAGUACGACCAAGAUCACCAACAGUACGCUCGGCAGCAUACGUACGACGCGGACCACGAUCCGGAGUACCCGGGCUCCAUCUCCCGGUCCGAUAGUGUACUACCCGGCGCGGGAAUCGAUGCCCCGGCUGCAGCCCCACCAACCUAUAAGCCGGAGCACCUCGAUGUUCCACCCGUGCUGGGAACGGGGUGAAAACGGAACCAACGGGAUCAUGAUGGCCACUUCCGGGUUCUAGCCGUUGCUCAAGGCUUCCUGCUCGGACGAUGGCCUCGGCGGGGAUCACAAGUUUUGAGCUUUUGGGCGUCCGGUAGGUUAGUGACUGUUGAUGUAGUUGAUAGAAGAGAUUAUGACACUAUUAUAGCUUUAAUCAGCGCGAUACCUGAAGGUAGUAAUGGUAGUAAGAGAGAACACACAAAACAUAGAAAUCCAAUUUGUUACGGAAAGACCAAUUAUUACGGGCGCCACCAUAGGGGCGCAUGUGCUGACGAAUGAGAUAUGCUAAGAAUCAAAUCAUUGAAAUCCUUAUUUUUUCAUACCAGAUUGCACUGGUAGUUCGAAUUCGUGUUGAAUCAUAUUAGAUGUGACGCAAAAAAUGGCGAUAAAAUUUUAGACAAAUAAAUCGAUUUAAUAAGGUUGCA